AUGGAAGGAGAGAGUUCUUUCUCAGUGGUGGCUCCACCAGUGUUUGAUGGAGAAGACUACCAGGUGUGGACAGUAACAAUGGAAGCCUUUUUGGAAGCGUGUGAUUUGUGGGAUGCUAUAGAGGAGGAUUAUGAGGUACCUUCUUUACCAGAAAACCCAACGGUGGCUCAGAUCAAAACACACAAGGAGAAAAAGACUAAAAAAUCCAAAGCGAAGAAUUGUCUUUUUGCUACAGUUUCUCCUAACAUCUUCAGUAAGGUCAUGUCACUUGGUUCAGCUAAAGCCAUCUGGGAUUUUCUGAAGAAAGAAUACAAAGGAGAUGAAAGAAUAAGAGGAAUGAAGGUGCUGAAUCUGGUUAGGGAAUUUGAAAUGCAGCAAAUGAAGGAGUCAGAAACGAUCAAAGUGUAUAUAGAGAGGCUGUUUGGCAUUGCAAAUAAGGUAAGGAUACUUGGAGAUGAAUUUAUGGACAAUAGAAUUGUUCAAAAAAAUACUUGUAUCCUUACCUGA